AUGGAGUUAUUAAAAGGUGGUGGGGAUAAUGAUGGCGAAGAUGGUGAAAGUGGUGGCGGCCAUGGUCAGAGGGGGGUUAACAAUGAUGGUGAUGUGGUCGUGGAAAUAGAGUUGUUGGGAGGUGGCGGUGGUGGUGGAAGGGAGAAAGGUGGUGGAGAUGGUGACGUGGAUGUGGAUGGGUUAAUAAUGAUGGUUAAAAGCCUAGCACAACCAUCAAGUUGGUUUUGUAAGAUGGAGGGCUCAACAUCAAAGGCAGAUAUCAUCAUAAAGUCAAUGCUUAAAGCAGCUAUGAUUCCUUUAGCUUUGUCAAUGGCUGGUUUCAUCUAUGCCAAGAUUAUGGCUAACCAAAGCAUCAAUCCGAAAGGGUCGUCAAUAGAAACUGAUGAUCAGGUGAGUUACCUCAAGGCCAAUUCUCUGAAGUGUAGAGAUGAGGAUGUUUUUCAUAGUUUCAGCUCUACAUGUAUGCUUUUAACGGAAUGUUUGGAGAUUCGAGAUAAUCAACAAGUAUUAGAAGAAGAGAUUUCGUGCCUAAGACUCCGACUUAAUGAGCUUCAAAAAAUAGAAUCUAAGUUGAAGAUGCAGUUUAUACGCUACUGCAACUUGAAAGAGCAAGAAUAUGUUCUUAUAGAGCUUUCGAAUAUGUUGUUAUUGGAAGUGGCUCAUGUUGAGUUCUUGGAGAGAGAAGCUUCAUCCAUGGAGGCUGAGAGCCAAAGGCUUUAGAAAUUGGUUGGAGAAUGUUUGAGAGUUUUGGAGCAAAUGGAGUAUUGGAAAUCAGAGAAUGGAUUGCUUCAGAGGAAGGUAAAGAAGCUUUUGAGGAAAGCAAGAAGGCAAUAUUGUGUAAUACGCGAACAAGACUUGAAACUUGAAGCUAGGGAAGCAGAAGCUUUGAGAAUCCAUGAUGCACAAGAAACAAAGACAAAGGUUAUCAAGAAAUUGGAGUAUGAAACUGGGGAAUUGAGAGCGGUUUUGGAGCUAGUGCAGGAUGAGAAAAAAGGGCUCUUGGCAAAGCUUGCGUUGGCAGAAAAAUCGGCAGCUUCAAUCCCCAAGACUGAAGGAGAAGGGGUCAAAAUCAAAGACUAUACAGGCCUCGAAAAGGAGUUGGAGAAUCUGAAAAAGGAUCGUGCAGCUGAAAUUAAGGAACUGAUUUACUUGAGGUGGAGUAAUGCUUGCUUAAGGCACGAGUUGAUGAGAAAUCAAGCGCAACUAGAAUAGCAGGCUCAAGAAAAGGAUAAUAAACUGGAAAUAAAUUUUGAAGUACGAGCAGAAAUUGGAAAUUGUGAGCAGUGCUUUGGAAAUAUGAGCAGCAAUCAGGAGCAUCCGAAAAGAAAAAAGUUAUUCAGAAGGCUUAAGAGAUGGGUGGAAGGGAAUGAGAAGGGAAGAGGAAGAUUGGAUGAGAAAGAAAGGCAUGGACAAGUUAAGUGUUUUGGAAGACAUUCUGUUUCGAAUUAUGCAGAGGAGCAUCACAUUGCAAGGAAGUCUUGCUCUAGUGCAUGA